AUUUUCUCUUGGAUGAUCCGGCAAACCUGAGACGUUACAAAUUUCAGGACUUUUGUUGCCCAUAAUAAGGAUAAGUGGAACAUAUCUCACAUUAAGUCCCCAGUUUUCAACAUUUUAUGAUUGGAGAUUCUCCGAAUUUGUUAAAGAUCCCUGCUUGUCCAUUGUAAAUGGAUCAAUCAGCUUAUGAGUCUGGUCCACUUCCCUCAAGCCUGGAAAUUCUGUUAGCUUUAGCGCUUAGAACAGGAAGAUAAAAGUAACAUCAACUGAUUGUUCCUUCGUUAGUUCUAUGCUUUUAUUGGGUAGGUUGGCUAGCUUUCUCAACCGUACUGAUUCAUAAUAGAAGAAAGUCAAAUGGCACUUUCAAUGAGCUCGAUUGCAGUAGGCCUCAGAUUUGGCUCACUUUCCAAAACCCAAGGUGAUAUCUCCAGAAAGCUUAUAGCCAGAUCUUCCACAGGGCUUCGCAUUAGGGCGGUUCAAGAGAAUGGUGGAUCACGAAGACUUGUGGACAUCAUUAGAAUUGUUCCUGAACUCUCAAGAAAUUACUUCAGAAGUCCUUCUCGGAGGGCACUGUUUGGUGGAAUCUCCUUGUUGGGUGGAUUUUAUGUUGCACAAACAAUUUCUCUAUCUUUUGGAGCUCUUGCAGUAAAUGAUGUGAUUGCUGCUGUAGUAUGUGUUCUCCUGACAGAGUAUGUGACUAAGUUCUAUUACAGCCGGCCCAAGGUUACCUUCCCCAUUGCUCUUCUCAACAACUUUAAAAUGGGUUUCACUUAUGGACUCUUCAUUGAUGCCUUUAAACUCGCCAGUUGACCAUAGAUAAAUAGAAGUUCCCCAGAGUCGUGCUGUUCUUGCAACUCUUCGAAUAUGAUCGUGUACCCGCCAACCUUGUACAAUUAGUCUUACAUUGGAAGUCCGGGAAUUCUAUUGUAAGGCUCAUAUGAACCUUGGGAUUUAGGGUGUGUUUGGAAUCACAUUGGAGUAAGGCCAUAAUCAUGUUUUGGCACACCCAGCUUAAAGGUUACAUCUGCCAAAAACGGGGAUCUAUACGUGUCUCUAAGAUGUUGGAUGAGAUGUGUGGUUACCUUGCAUCUUCUUGCAAUCUCUACCCAUCCAUUCCACCAAUCCCCAGAAUACUGUCUAUCUACUUCAGUAGUAACAAAUGAUUAGAUAUUGUAGACAGUUUAUCACUGUGAAACAAUAAGAAUGUAUCAACCUUGAAGAAAAGCAUACAUAAAGGCCUGGUUAUUAGGUAUAUGAGUAAUAGGCCUUAACUCUGGAUAGAGACGUAUAUAAUCUAUGGUGCAGGUGAUGGCAAAAGUGGCAGCAACAGCAACUUCGUGGCCAUGGGCCUUUUCAAGAGUUGAUAUCAUCUUCAUUAUUGUUAGGUGAUAGGCAUUAAACUUGAAGGGAAGUUCCACUGCAGCUAUGAAGUGUCUGGUAUUUGAACCCUCCCCUCUUUCCUCUUUUCACCUACUGAUUUCUGGUUUUUUUUUUUUUUAAUUAUGUCUUUUCUCCCACUGAUUUGUUUUUGAGUGGUUCUCUCCCACUAUAUUUUUUAUGGACUGAUUUUCCCCCACUAGUGAACCUGACCUUCACGGUUGAUAGUGGGAAGGAAUUGAGAGGAUAGACACAAUAAUUAAUUAUUGUAAAUUAUUUUCU